AUGGCUGAUAAGCUGCUGAACCGCAAAGGCGACUUAAUUCGCGACCAGCUCGAGUGCAAUCCUGUUCCCAUGGAUUCAAACGACCCCAUGUAUGAUAGCGAGACAGAAGAUGACAACUGCUUUUACCAAGUGAUCGAAGUGGGGGCAUGCGACUAUCGGUCCACGAUUAACAACCAGAGCUGCUUUUCUGUUUCACGCGAACCUGGAGCUCUUGUGCGCCCCCCCAAGACCGCAGAGGAGUUUCGCGCUGCCGUCGAUGAAACGCUCAAGGCUUUCUUCGCGUCCGCGGACUCGGUUGACUUGGCCGCCCGUCUUCAAGCGCUGGAUUGUCGAUGCUACCACGAUGCAUUCGUAGUGUACGCUGUCCGCGCCUCCCUAGACAGAAGCACAGAAGAUCAAAGGCGGAUGAGCGCAGAGUUUGCACUUCUUGCCGACAAGGGUCUUCUCACAAGGCAACAGCUGUGCAGAGCUUUUGAGAAACUGGUGCAAAGCUCGGAUGACAUUGAGUUGGACGUGCCAGAUGUCGCUAGCCGAUUAUUUGCUUUCAUAGAGUGUGCCUCACUCGACAACUGCAUCGGGGCUGAUGUUCUGAGUCGUUUGCCGACCGCGUUCGUUUCGAAGCUCGACCCUGCAGUUGUUGCAAGCAACAUUGUUGUCCAGGCAGCAGUCCGCCAAAUGCAGGAGUUUAAAGCAGCCCUCGCGGAGUUCUUGGAGGACGUCUUUGAAAGCGAAGGCGUACAGGAAGCAGAGCUCUUCCUGCAGGCACAGGACAAGCCACUUUGCCAACACGAGUUUGUGUCAAAGCUCGUUGUGGCAUCUUACUCAAGAGGUUCCAGGGACCGGGAACUUGCCAGUAAUAUUCUUGACCGACUUUAUGGGAAGACGCUAAAACCAGAUGACUUGCAGGUUGGAUUCUCUCGGCUUGUAGGGGCAGUUGAUGACCUUGCUCUGGACGUGCCCCAGGCACACGAUUUCCUGACGAAAAGCUUGGCUCGGGCUGUAGUGGACGAGCUUUUGCCCCCGGCCUUUUUGGGGGAUCGGUAUAGGCUACACUUUGGAGGGAUUGGAGGGAUGCAAGUCCUCAAAAAGGCACAGAAGUGGCUGUGUGAGCAACCAGGAAAGGCUGCAAGCGAACGUUUUAGAAAGAUCUGGACAGGAACGGACCCGACGAUGCGGGAAGCACGUAUCUUCAAGCAUGAACUUAAAGCUUGCAUACGCAAGUACCUUGAUACCCUCGACGCAGCCGAAGCGGCGAAGGCAAUUAUAGACAUGAAUCUGGCUCCUGACCAGGAUUCCGAGGUAGUACGCAAAGCCUACAUCUUCUCUAUGGAGCGAUCGAAGGAUCCAGAACAGGCAGCAAAAGCUGUCGUAGGACUUCUUGAGCAACUGCGUGCUCUAGGAGAACUUGAUCAGGAAUGCAUUAUCCAGGGCUUGGCGCAGAUUAAAGAUCUUCUCCCCGAUAUUGAGUUGGACGUACCCAACGCCCAGCAAAAGAUAUGCUACAUGGUUGCGGCCUCGCGAAACAAGGGGCUUCUGCCUGCUGAUUAUGUAUUUGCCGAAGAAGCAGUUGAAGACGGACAGUAA